GGAGUGUUAAACUUCGGUGGCGAACUCUCACCGAAAGUUGCAGACUUUACACUCAUGCUAACUCCUCUCUUCGUCUCCGCGCGACCUUUACCAUCACGUAUCACCAUCUCCUCCUUAAACCCUUCAAAUGCAGCCAAAGCUUCCAACUUUGAUCAAUUCAAAGAAAACCCAAGACUCCCCAACGAUUCUGCAAUUAAGGCUCCAACUGCUCCAUGGAUGAAAGGUCCUCUCUUUCUCCAACCCAAUGACCUUAUCAACACUUCACAUCAUCACCACAAGAAGAAACAGAACGCUGAGAAGGAGGAGGAGAAGACGUUUAAAGCGUUGAACCGUAGAGAGAGCGGUGUCAGGGGAAGUAAAGCCAUGAAGAAGAUCGUCCGUAGCGUUGAGAAGCUCAAAGAUUCUGAAGAAACACUUAUGGAUGAUUCUCCAGCAGAGUUUAACUCCUUAAGUGGCAUUGUGGAUAAGAAGGCUGAGAUGAGGAAGAGAAUGCCUUGGGAGAGGGAAGAAGAAAAGUUCAUAUUGAGGAGAACGAAGAAAGAGAGAGUCUUUACAACGGCUGAUCUUAUCCUAGACCAAGGGUUGUUGAAAAGACUCAGACUCGAAGGUUCCAAGUUGAGAAAAUGGGUUAAUGUUAGAAAAGCAGGUGUUACUGAGACGGUUGUGAAUGAUGUUAGAUUAAUAUGGGAAGGGAACGAGCUUGCUAUGGUUAGGUUUGAUGUUCCUCUUUGUCGUAACAUGGAACGAGCUCAAGAGAUCAUAGAGUUGAAGACUGGAGGAUUGGUUGUGUUAAGCAAGAAGGAGUUUCUCGUUGUUUAUCGGGGCCCACCAUCAUCAGAGAGAACUAGCUCGAAGGGACAAGAUGAGAUUAGCUCAUCAUCGUUGUACGAGAGAGAAGGUGAUAGGUUAUUGAAUGGAUUGGGGCCUAGAUAUAUGGAUUGGUGGAUGAGAAGACCGUUUCCAGUUGAUGCUGAUUUGCUUCCUGAGGUUGUUGAUGGAUAUAGAACUCCUUCUAGACGUUGUCCACCAAACACUAGAGCGAAGCUGAGUGACCAAGAGCUUACUUACUUGAGAAACAUUGCUCAAGCUUUACCAUUUCAUUUCGUCCUUGGGAGGAACUAUGGGCUUCAAGGUUUAGCUUCUGCUAUCUUGAAACUAUGGGAGAAGUGUGUUAUUGCAAAGAUUGCAAUAAAAUGGGGAGCUCUCAAUACAAACAAUGAGGAAAUGGCUGAAGAAUUAAAGCAUCUCACUGGAGGAGUUGUUAUACUACGAAACAAAUACUUGAUAAUACUGUUCAGAGGCAAGGACUUUCUUUCUGAUGAAGUUGCGGAUUUGGUUGAUGACAGAGAGAGGUUACUCAGAAGGUACCAACAUUUUGAAGAAACCAAACGUGAGAGCGAUAUAGAGAUCUCUGAGGUGGUAACAAAUGGUGAACAGUUGGAGGAAGCUAGCAAGACAGGAACCUUAUCAGAGUUUCAAGAACUUCAGAGGAAGUUUGGUGAAAUGGAGAUGAGAAACCUGGAGACUGAAGCUGAGAAAGCGAAGCUAGAAAAGGAACUCAAAAGCCAAGAACACAAGCUUUUCAUUCUGAAGUCAAAGAUAGAGAAGACAACAACAGAGUUGCUCAAACUGAAUUCUUUAUGGAAACCAUCUGACCCCGACGAUGACGUUGAGAUACUGACUAAUGAAGAGAGAGAAUGCUUGAGAAGAAUCGGACUGAGGAUGAACAGUAGCUUGGUUCUUGGAAGAAGAGGAGUCUUUGAUGGUGUAAUGGAAGGUCUGCAUCAGCAUUGGAAGCACAGGGAGGUUGUAAAAGUGAUCACAAUGCAGAAGAUUUUCUCUAGAGUUGUUUAUACAGCGAAAUCACUUGAAGCAGAGAGUAAUGGAGUACUAAUCUCGAUUGAAAAACUUAAAGAAGGACAUGCAAUACUUAUAUACCGUGGCAAGAACUACAAACGUCCUUCCUCAAAACUGAUGGCACAGAAUCUUUUGACCAAAAGAAAAGCUUUACAAAGAUCUGUUUCAAUGCAGAGACUCGGGUCACUGAAGUUCUUUGCUUACCAGAGAGAAAGAGCCAUUGAAGAUUUGAAGUUGAGUUUGGUAAAUCUUCAAGACUCUGCUUCUGAGUUCUGA